AUGUCGUCCCAUGGAUACUACUACAGCUCGGGGUUCACGAGUGAGAGUGAAAUUGAUAGUCCUCCCAAGAACCCGGGGUUGGGGUGGAACCACUUUGCAUGUGGCCUCGAACGUUCGAGUGAAGAUAAGUUGGACAUGGGGAUGUUGAAGAUGGUGCAGCUACUGCUGCUGGCGGCGGAGAUGGUUGAUAAGAAGGAUGGCGAGAAUGGCGAGGAGACGGAGGAAGAAGAGAAAGAGGAAGAGAAGAAAGAGGAGGAUGGCGAGGAGACGGAAGAGGAGAAAGAGGAGGAUGGUGAGGAGACAAAGGAAGAGGAGGAAAAAGAGGAAGAAGAGGACGAGGGGUAUCUCGGGGGUGACGAAGACGACAAUAGGCCGCCGAGCGGAAAGGCCAAGAGGUCACGCUCGGAAGCCUCAUUCUCGACCUCGGCUUCGAGCUCCAAGCAGCAGAGAAUCGAUUCCGAAUCGGGCCCGCAUGCGAGCGCAGAGCAGGUGGAUCGUUUUCACCUCCUGCUCCGUGCGGCGGAGUCAAAGCGGUAUAUGCAGUGA